AUCCUUCAGGUACCAGCGUCUGGGCAGUGCUUGAGCUGCAGGAACUGGGUCCAGCCCUCGACAGACCUCUGACCUGACCUCCCCAGUGGACUUCUUUGUAUUAGCUGCUUCUGCUGCUGCAGCAGAUACUUUCAGCUGCAACUCCCUGCAAGGUGGGGCACCCAUCUCAGGCAGGUUUUGUGCACCCCACUGAGUACUCCCCAGGGCUGCCGCUGCCUGUGGCCUCAGGAUGAAAGGGGAGACCCCUGUGAACAGCACUAUGAGUAUUGGGCAAGCCCGCAAGAUGGUGGAACAGCUUAAGAUUGAAGCCAGCUUGUGCCGGAUAAAGGUGUCCAAGGCAGCAGCAGACUUGAUGACUUACUGUGAUGCCCACGCCUGUGAGGAUCCCCUCAUCACCCCUGUGCCCACUUCGGAGAACCCCUUCCGGGAGAAGAAGUUCUUCUGUGCCCUCCUCUGAGUUGCCCUGUCCCUCGGCACAAGCUCUGAACCUUUCCCUCUCCUAGGCCCUUCCUUAGGUCAGUAACUGUCGUGAGCCCCUGAGGGUCCCUGCAUCCCAUCCCUAGCCCUUGUCCAACCCUAUGAGGUUAUCUGAAGCACAAAGCUCUCC